GGAGGGGGAAAACCAACAGGCUUUCUAAGAGCAAAAAGCAGAAUUAUUAUUUCCCUCGUCCUUGAAAUUGAGUCCCGCUCUCUUUUGACCGAAAAUAAUAAUAAUAUACUACACACAGCGAAUGUACAUAACCCCGCUUGACUUGUUUGAGUGCCGGAAAACCCUAGAUUUUUGAAUUCACCUGAAUUGUAUUCUGAGAUGGCGAACGAAGAAACCAUCGAGUCGCAGAUCGAAGUAGCUAUGGCCUCUCGUAUUCCUCACUUUCGCCAACAAGCAGAUACUUUGACCUUUGAGGGUGUUCGGAGAUUAUUGGAGAAGGACCUUGGCUUAGAUAAAUUUGCAUUGGACGUGCACAAGAGAUUUGUUAAGCAACUAUUGUCCAAGUAUUUGGAAGGUGACGAUGAUGAUAUCACCAAGAAUUCAGAGAAGACGGUGGACAAAAAUGUCUGUACAGAUGGAGAUGUGGCAGUUUCAUCUGACAAUAAUUUAGCAGAUAAAGAUGUUAAGGAACCAAACACAAAAGAGGAGGGGAAGAUGGAAGAAUCUCCAAUAAUGGGCCUUCUAACAGAAAGUAAAUCACCUGAAACUAGAGUAGAAGAAAUUGAAGAUACAAAAAAGAAUGAAUAUCCAAGUGAGAUUACAGUUAAAGAAGCUAUGAGCAAAAGAGCUGCAUAUUUUAAAGCAAAUUCUGAGAAUAUUACCAUGGCUGGCGUCCGCAGACUUUUGGAAAAAGAUCUUAAACUUGAAGAAUGUACUCUGGAUCCCCUUAAGAAAUUUAUACGUGAGGAGAUUGACAAGGUAUUUGCAUCAAAUUCUUCUACCCUGUCAACCGGCAAUAAGAAGAAAAGUGCUCCACGCAAGACACUAAAAAAUGUCAGCAGUGGAGGGAGCUCAAAUUCUACAGAUAGUGGAAGUGAAGACAUGGAAGAAGUGAAACCUAGAAAAAAAAUUGUACGGAAAGAAAAAGUUCCGACAUCUAAAAUGUCAAAUAAACGAAAAAGACCUGCGGAGGCAAAGGCGUCAGCCAAAAAGCAAAAUAAGCUUGCAAAGCUGACAUCUGAGGAAGUGUCAGGAGAUGAUGGUGGAAAUGAUUCUGAAGAUGAUCAAUCACAUUCCUCGGAAGAAAAACCUGUGAAGAAAAAAGAAGUUUCAGCUCCUGCUGCGUAUGGAAAAGAUGUGGAACGUCUAAAGUCAAUUAUCAAAGCCUGUGGGAUGAGUGUUCCUCCUGUUAUUUACAAGAAAGCUAAACAAGUACCAGACGACGAACGCGAGGACUUUAUUGUGAAAGAGCUAGAGAAGAUACUAGAAAAGGAAGGAUUAUCUAGAAAGCCUGACGAAAAAGAAAUCAAAGAAGUGAGAAAGAGAAAAGAAAGAGCAAAAGAACUUGAAGGAAUUGAUAUGAGCAACAUUGUUCAAAGUUCUCGUAGAAGGUCCACCAUGAGUUUUAUUCCACCUCCCAAACCUCAAAUACCCGUUGAAAGUGAUGCUGAGGAAUCAGAGAAUUCAGAUGAUGGCACUGAUGAUGACAAUAGUGAUGAAGAUAAAAGUGACGGAGAUGUAGAUGACAUUGACAUGGACGAGCAAAAUGACAGCCAGACUGAUGAGCCUCAUGAAGACAAUGAAGACAGUGAUUAGAUCCUGCACAAUUGAGCAGCAAUGUGACUUUAUUAACAAGAGACACCAUCAGAAAGUCCAAUCAUUUAUUAUGACCAUUCACCUAUUAUGAAUUUUUGACAAGAGCAAGUGAUGAUAGUGAUAUGGACUCUGCAGAUCUAGCUAGGCUGUUCAGAUGGCUCGGCCAAUGUUUAGAGAGGGAAGUAGUUAUAAGCUAAAGAGUGGUGACUUAGCUUUACAGUAUUAAGUUUCUUUUUAAUAUGCUAUGCAGUUCAUUUGUUUGUUGCCAGCUUUAUGAGAUUGGAAAGACAACUUUGCAGUAGCCAAAUAUUCUGUUUGGUUUAGACUUGUGGAAAGCUUAGUGACCCUUUUGCAUGGCUGGUUUAUCUUUUGUAUUUCUAUCUGGUUAUUAAUAAUACAAUACUAUCGAAUUGUGUA